AGCCUACAAAAGAAAAGGCAGCCCCUCACUACUCAGUAGAGCUAUAUUUCGGAUCCUCCUUAUUCCUCUCCCUUGAAAGCCAAAAAAAAGAUCAAAACGAUGUCGGACGAAGAGCACCAGUUCGAAUCCAAGGCCGAUGCUGGAGCUUCAAAAACAUAUCCUCAACAAGCUGGUACUAUUCGUAAGAAUGGUCACAUCGUCAUCAAAAAUCGUCCUUGCAAGGUAGUUGAAGUUUCCACUUCCAAGACAGGCAAGCACGGUCAUGCCAAGUGUCACUUUGUGGCGAUUGACAUUUUCACUGGAAAGAAGCUUGAAGAUAUUGUUCCCUCUUCUCACAAUUGUGAUGUUCCUCAUGUGAAUAGGACUGAUUAUCAACUUAUUGAUAUCUCUGAGGAUGGAUUUGUGAGUCUGUUGACUGAAAAUGGUAACACCAAGGAUGAUUUGAGGCUCCCCACUGAUGAUAAUCUUCUGGCCCAGGUCAAAGAUGGUUUUGCUGAGGGGAAGGACCUGGUUCUGUCAGUGAUGUCUGCCAUGGGAGAGGAGCAGAUUUGUGGUAUCAAGGACAUUGGCCCCAAGUAACUGCAGGUGGUGGGUAGUGUAUGUUACAAAGUUUCAAAAAAAGAUGUAUUACGUAGAAGUACUAAAACUUCUUUACUUUUUCUUGCACUUGCAGUUGUUCCACAUAACUGCUAUUCAACUAUAUGUUGUGACUGGAUUCUUGUACUCACUACGUAUUUCCUUUAUAUUGCUACCUUUAUAAUAUUGUCUACAUGGAAAA